GGGCGACCCCUGGGCCCCGCCUCGCGUUUUCGGGGGAGUUUUCGGCGGAACGGCUUCCGUGCGAUGUCGAGCCUUCGGCCGAUGAUGGUGGAUGACUUGCUGCACUUCAAUGCGGUGAAUUUAGAUCCGUGGACGGAGACCUUCAAUAUGAACUUCUACUUCAGCUACCUCACGCGUUGGCCCGAGUGCUGCGUGGUCGCAGAGGCAGCGGAUGGAAGCAUUGCCGGUUACAUCAUCGGCAAAGUGGAGGGUGCAAAGACCGAGUGGCACGGCCACGUCUCAGCCAUCUCCGUCGCACCGGAGUUCCGCCGAACCGGGGUGGCCAACCGCCUGAUGGAGUACCUCGAGGAGGUGAGCCAGGAGAUGCACGACUGCUACUUCGUAGAUCUCUUCGUGCGGCCCACCAACUUGGCGGCCAUCAAAUUCUAUGAGGGCCUGGGCUACGUCGUGUACCGCACCGUGACUGGCUACUACUCUGGUCACGAGGACGCCUUCGAUAUGCGCAAGCCGCUGAAGAGGGAUGUGGAGCGUAAAUCUGUGGAGGGCGCGGGAUACCGGAUCUCACCGGAGCAGCUCCAUGCCGCGGCGUAGCGGUCG